AUGGCUACCGGAGGCUUUACUGAGCGCGAGAUCAAGCUUCUAGUUGCCGCUUGCCAGUCCUUUGAGGGUGAACCUAAGGUAUGUACUGCCAUUCUAAUGCAACAUCGUUCAUCGCUAACAACAUCUUCACAGCUUAACAUCGAAAAGUUCUCCCAGCUUUCUGGUCUCACCGUCGGAUCUGGCCGCAACGCCUGGGCUGCCCUCAAGAAGAAGAUGGUCACUCAGGACGCUACCGGCACCAAGACUCCUACCGCUAAGACCCCUGCCACCAAGUCUGGCAAGAAGCGCCCUCCUCCCAUCGUCAUGCCUCCUGGUGACGGUGACUCCGACGACGACGAGGUAUCCACCCCUUCUAAGAAGCCGAAGACCCCCAAGGCCAAGGCCAAGGGUAAGGGCAAGACAAAGGCCACCAAGUCCGACGAUGAAGAUAAGAAGGAAGAUGAUGAAGACGAGGACUUUGUCAAGGUCAAGAACGAGGUCGUCGAGGAGGAGUUCGAGGAGGUCUAA